GAUCCGAAAGAAUUGAGACACUGCAGUUCGCAGGCGAAAGUCGAAACCGCGAAUCACCUUAACAGAUUGGGGACUCCCUCCGCCCCGGAACCCUUGAAGAUUCUCGUUGCUUGCGUGAUUAUCAAGGACCAAGGUGCCGUCGUCGUCUUCAGCCCCUAGUUGGCCGAUACUCUAGUGUCGCAACAAGAAAGAGCCUAGGUCGCGGCCUUCUUCAGCCAUUUUCAGUCUCUUGAUUUCAAGGAUCUGUGAAGGGGAGAAUACAAAGACAAGCUGCUGCUGCAUUCACUUAUAUUUUGCCCAAUGUCAGACGCUGGUGAACCUCCACAGUCUGAGCAAGUUUGCAACUUCUUCCGAAAACCAUCAAAGAACAGAAACAUAAGAAAGAGGGAAAUUAAUGAAAUUGAUGAAGAUGAGGAUUCUAAAGGUGGUAGCUCUUUGAUGCAAACUAAGAAAAAGCUUCCGCAAGCCGAUACCAAGCUGCAUUUCUCUAAUGCGCCUUCAAAGCGUUCAAUGUUGUCUGAACAAGAGCCAGAGUCCAAGACUAAAAUCUUUCAAUUUGAAUCUUCCAAGGAAAUUCAAGUUCAAGGUGAUAGCAAAGCAACUGCGACUCUUGAAACCGAGACCGAUUUCUCUAACGAUGCUAGAGCAAUCAGAGAGAGGGUGCUUAAGCAAUCGACUCAGAUUUUGAAGGGGAAACCCAAGGAUUCUGGUGGUGAGAAACUGUAUAAAGGUAUCCAUGGGUACACUGAUUUUAAAGCUGGGUUCAGGAGAGAGCAAACAGUUGCUUCUGAGAAAGCUGGUGGGUCACAUGGGCCACUUAGAGCUUCUGCUCACAUAAGAGUUUCUGCGAGGUUUGACUACCAACCAGAUAUUUGUAAAGAUUAUAAAGAGACUGGUUACUGUGGAUAUGGAGAUUCUUGCAAAUUUAUGCAUGACCGGGGAGAUUACAAGUCAGGAUGGCAGAUGGAAAAGGAAUGGGACGAAUCUGAGAAGAUUAGGAAAAGAAAUUUAGCUCUCGGAGGUGAUGAUGACAUAGAUGGGGAGACAGAAGCGCCGAAUGAUGAAGACGAUGAGGAUGCCUUGCCCUUUGCUUGUUUCAUUUGUAGGCAGCCUUUUGUAGAUCCUGUUGUGACAAGGUGCAAACAUUACUUUUGUGAGCACUGUGCAUUGAAGCAUCACGUGAAGAACAAGAAGUGUUUCGUUUGCAACCAGCCAACCAACGGGCUAUUCAACACUGCUCUGGAGAUCAAGAAAAGAAUGGCUGCAGAAGGGAAAUGAUGCCCCAUGGUUAGUUGAGUGAAUGAUGGAUGGAUGGAUGGAUAGAUCUACAUACAUUUUAAUGAUGACUAUGCUUUUGUAAUUUGUAUUGUGUCCACUAUUUUGCUUGCUUGCUUCUUGUUAACCGCAAAGGCUGGAAACAAUAUGUGAUUGAAAUUUUGUUGCAAAGCUACAGUGUUGUAUUAA